AUGGAGGGCCUGCCCUUCCUCCCGGCCCCCGACCUCAGACAGAAGCCAUGUGCCCCUCAGACCAAGACCUCAGCUCCCCGAGGACUCCCCACCUUCCGACCCAUGGGACAGCGUCCUGCAGAGUACGUCCCUCAGAACCUGAGGAAAGGUGUGGGACGGCUCCUCAGGGUGCGGCCCAGGCAGCAGAGGCCUGAAGCCCCGGAGCUGACAGGCCAGACCCAGAGCCAGGGCACCUGCGUCCUCUGCUACCUGAGUGCAGACCCUCAGGCCCCGGCCCUCCCCAUCCUGAGAGGAAGGAUCUGGAGAGGAGGAGGGACUCAGCCUGACAGGCCCCACCCAGGGUUCCCAGGGCCCCCAGGUUUUGACCCUGGUUUCUGCACGCCACCCCCCGCCACUGGGGGACCAGGGCCCUCCCCUCUGCCCACGGUCCCUCACUCCUCCCUCUGCAUCCUCAGCGUGAAGCCAGCAGGACCGGGGCCCGCCGUCUGUCCACCCGAGGGAGGCCCUGCCCCUUCUGCCAAGGCCCCUAGACUCUCGGGAGACCCGGAUGCAGCAGUCCGCCGCACUGGCCGCGUGGCCCCUUCCCGCCCUGCGGCCUUCCCGGACUCACCCUGGGGCCCGACCUCGGUCCUCAGCUCCCUCAGACCCCCGCCGCGCAUUUCACCGGACGCACCCACCUGUGGCCACCCUCCCCGGGGGGGCCCCCAGGGCCGGGCCGCGGCAGGGCCCGAGUGGCUGGACCUGAGCGGGGAGGAGGAGGGCCCGGGCCCGUCCAUCUGGGGACCCCUGCCCAGUGCCCCGGGCCGCGGCGGGAGGGGCUCAGCGGGACGACGCUGUCCCCUGGCGGGGUCGCUCGGGGCUGCCGGCAUGGCGACCUGGCUCCUGGCGGACCCCCCGCACUCUGUGCUCCUCACGGGUGCGUUCUACCUGCACGCCUGGCGUCUCCCGACCGAGACCCGUCCUCCCACUCACGGAGGUCCCGGCGUCUCUCAGGCCUCCGAGGCGGAAGUCGGCGCUCGUCACAUCCGGACCCCACAGGAAGGGGUCCCUUAG